AUGCCUUCCCGGGCGCUGCGGAGGCGGCUGCUGCUGGCGCUGCUGGUGCUGGUGCUGGCGGCGGCUUCCUCGGCUUCUCCGGGGCCGCGGCGGGCUCGAGCCCCGAAGGCGGCUUCGUGGGAGGAGGUGAACGUCCUGGCGCACGGGCUGCUCCAGCUGGGCCACGGGCUCCGCGAGCACGUCGAGCGGCUGGGCGGGCAGCUGCGGGACCUGAACGCCCGGCUGGCGGCGCACAACGCUUCGCUGGCCGGGCUGGAGCGCACGGCGGCCGAGCAGCGGGACCGGCUGGCCCGAGCGCAGAGCCUCUUCGACGGCCGCUGGGCUCAGCUGGACGGGCGGCUGCGAGGGCUGGAGGCCAGGCUCGACGGGACGGGACGGGCGGGAGCCCAGAACAACAGCAGCAGCGGAGGCGGCGGCGCGGAUCCCCGGAGGGACGGCCCGGCGGAGGAGGAGGAGGACCAGGGCGCGCUGCAGAACCUGAUCAGGCGCCAGAACCUGAGGAUGGAGGAACUUCUGCAGAAGAUCAAACAGCAGCAGUUCCGGAUGGACAAGCAGAACUUGCAAAUUAAGAGUCUUCAGAGCAAGGUAUUGGGGGGGGGAGGGGCUGUCCCCGCAGGCUGAAAGCCCCCCUCCC